AUGAUCUUCGUCCCCAUCUGGUCCUUGCUCGUCUAUGUCCCCGUCGCUCACUGGGUGUGGAAUCCGCAGGGAUGGCUCGCCCAGAUGGGCGCACCUGACUACGCCGGUGGCCUCGUGGUCGAAAUCGUGUCCGGAGGCGUCAGGCCUGGCAUUGGCACUGGUCCUCGGCCAGCGGAUGGGUUUCGGCCGAGUCGAUGCGUCCGCACACCCGCCGUUCGUCCUGCUCGGCGUCGGUCUGCUCUGUCCGGUUGGUUCGAUCUGAACGCCGGGCCGGCCCUUGCGGCCGACGUAUGGCCUCGCAGAUCUUCCUCAACACACUCGUCGCCGGCUGUACGGGACUGCCUCGGCUGGCUGUCGUCGAGCAGGAACCGUGACGGACACCCCACGACGUUCGGCGCAGCUUCGGGCGUCGUCGCCGGUCUGGUCGCGAUCACCCCGUCGUGCGGAACGGUGAACAUGUUCGGUGCGCUCGUCAUCGGUCUGAUCGCGGCACGUCUGCUCGUACGCGCGGGGAUGGAAGCACAAAGCUCGGCUACGACGACUCCUCGACGUCGUCGGCGUGCACCUCGUCGGCGGAAUCGUCGGCUGUUGCUGAUCGGACUCUCGCGACGGCCG